AUCGAUCGCGAGCGCGUAGCGAUUGCUUCUGUCUGUUGUUUAGGUAUGGCGCCGGCGACAAGCCUGAGAGGCGGCGGCAACCCGGGCGGGGGUCUCGCUCUGUGCUGACGGCGACCCAGGGCUGAGUGGGCUAUGGAGGAGCCCGGCUCGUUGGUCACGGGAGACCGCGCCGGUGGCCGAAGCUGGUGCUUGCGGCGGGUAGGGAUAAACGCCGAAUGGCUGCUGCUGGAGGACGGAAACGAGGUGACGAUAGGGCGAGGAUUUGGUGUCACAUACCAGCUGGUAUCAAAAAUCUGCCCUCUGAUGAUUUCCCGAAACCACUGUGUUUUGAAGCAGAAUGUCGAGGGCCAGUGGACAAUUAUGGACAAUAAGAGUCUGAAUGGUGUUUGGCUGAACAGAGAACGUUUAGAACCUUUAAAGGUCUAUUCUAUCCAUAAGGGAGACCACAUCCAGCUCGGAGUACCUCUGGAGAAUAAGGAGAAUGCAGAGUAUGAAUAUGAAGUUACUGAAGAAGACCGGGAGAGGAUGUAUCCUUGUCUUGCCCCAAAGAAUGACCAGAUGACAGGAAAAAAUAGGGGAUUGAGAACUAAAAGGAAAUUCAGUUUGGAUGAAUUAGAGGGUCCUGGAGCUGAAGGCACCUCAAAUUUGAAAUCCAAAAUAAGUAAAGUGUCUUGCGAACCUGGUCAACCAGUGAAGUCUCAUGGGAAAGGUGAAGUGGCCAGUCAACCCGCUGAAUAUUUGGAUCCUAAGUUGACUUCUGUUGAGCCAAGUGAGAAGACCACAGAGGCUCAUGUUUACCCUGGUUCUGCAAAAGUCAUAGAGCUUCAUCAUAAGAAGCAGAAAGCCUCAAACCCUUCAGUAUCUCAGAGCAGCUUGGAGCUGUUCAAGGUGACCAUGUCCAGGAUUCUGAAGCUGAAAACACAAAUGCAGGAAAAACAGGUAGCUGUCCUGAAGGUGAAAAAGCAAACCCAAAAGGGGAACUCAAAGAAAAUUGUGAAAAUGGAGCAGGAGCUACAGGACUUACAGUCCCAGCUGUGUGCAGAGCAGGCCCAGCAACAGGCCAGAGUGGAGCAGUUAGAGAAGACUUUCCAGGAAGAGGAACAGCAUCUCCAGGGUUUGGAGAAGGAGCAAGGAGAAGAGGACCUGAAGCAACAACUGGCCCAGGCUCUGCAGGAGCAUCGGGCUCUAAUGGAAGAACUAAAUCGCAGCAAGAAGGACUUUGAAGCAAUCAUUCAAGCCAAGAACAAAGAAUUGGAACAGACCAAGGAAGAGAAGGAGAAGGUGCAGGCACAGAAGGAAGAAGUGCUUAGCCACGUGAAUGACGUGCUAGAGAAUGAGCUCCAGUGUAUUAUUUGCUCCGAAUACUUCAUUGAGGCUGUCACCUUGAACUGUGCCCACAGUUUCUGCUCUUACUGUAUCAAUGAGUGGAUGAAGCGGAAGGUAGAAUGCCCCAUUUGUCGGAAGGACAUCAAGUCCAAAACCCACUCCCUGGUUCUGGAUAAUUGCAUUAAUAAGAUGGUAGAUAAUCUGAGCUCAGAAGUGAAAGAACGACGAAUUGUCCUCAUUAGGGAACGAAAAGUAACAAUGAAGAGGAGAAAUGAUCCAGAAUGCACUGCCCCUAUCAAGAAACAGAAGAAAAGAGUUGCAGAGCUUGCCCUGAGCCUCAGUUCUACAUCUGAUGAUGAACCUCCCUCUUCCGUCAAUCAUGCAGCAAAAGCAUCUACCACGAGCCUAAGUGGGUCUGACAGUGAGACCGAGGGGAAGCAACACAGCUCUGACUCUUUUGACGAUGCAUUUAAAGCAGACUCCCUUGUGGAGGGAACUUCUUCUCGCUAUUCCAUGUAUAAUAGUGUCUCCCAGAAGCUUAUGGCCAAGAUGGGCUUCAGGGAAGGUGAAGGAUUGGGUAAAUACAGCCAGGGUCGGAAGGACAUCGUUGAGGCCUCUAAUCAGAAAGGCCGAAGAGGCUUGGGUCUGACACUGCAGGGCUUUGAUCAAGAGCUGAAUGUGGACUGGCGAGAUGAGCCAGAGCCCAGUGCCUGUGAGCAGGUGUCAUGGUUUCCAGAAUGUACCACUGAAAUUCCUGACACUCAGGAAAUGAGUGAUUGGAUGGUUGUGGGAAAGAGAAAGAUGAUUAUUGAAGACGAGACAGAGUUUUGUGGGGAAGAGCUGCUUCACAGUGUGUUGCAGUGUAAGAGUGUGUUCGAUGUCCUAGAUGGGGAGGAGAUGCGGCGAGCUCGGACCCGGGCCAAUCCCUACGAGAUGAUCCGAGGAGUCUUCUUCCUAAACAGGGCAGCCAUGAAGAUGGCUAACAUGGAUUUUGUGUUUGAUCGCAUGUUUACAAAUCCACGGGACUCUUGUGGGAAACCAUUGGUAAAGGACCGGGAAGCUGAGCUUCUAUACUUUGCUGACGUCUGUGCAGGCCCAGGCGGUUUCUCAGAGUAUGUGCUAUGGAGGAAGAAGUGGCAUGCAAAGGGCUUUGGAAUGACUCUGAAGGGCCCUAAUGACUUCAAAUUGGAAGACUUCUACUCAGCCUCCAGUGAGCUCUUCGAACCCUACUAUGGUGAAGGUGGGAUCGAUGGAGAUGGAGAUAUCACCCGCCCGGAGAAUAUCACUGCUUUUCGGAAUUUUGUCCUGGAUAACACAGAUCGCAAGGGUGUCCACUUUCUGAUGGCCGAUGGGGGUUUCUCUGUGGAGGGGCAGGAGAACCUGCAAGAGAUCCUCAGCAAGCAGCUGCUGCUCUGUCAGUUCCUCAUGGCGCUGUCUGUUGUCCGAACAGGAGGCCACUUCAUCUGUAAAACCUUUGACCUAUUCACACCCUUCAGUGUGGGGCUCAUCUACUUGCUCUACUGCUGCUUCGAACGAGUGUGUCUCUUUAAGCCGAUUACCAGCCGUCCUGCCAACUCAGAGAGAUAUGUGGUGUGCAAGGGCCUGAAGGUGGGCAUAGAUGACGUGCGGGAUUACCUCUUCUCAGUCAAUAUUAAACUCAACCAGUUGCAGAACACUGAUUCUGACGUCAACCUUGUGGUCCCCUUGGAGGUGAUCAAGGGAGACCAUGAAUUUACUGACUACAUGAUACGAUCCAACGAGAGCCACUGUAGUCUGCAGAUCAAAGCUCUGGCCAAAAUCCAUGCCUUUGUUCAAGACACGACCCUGAGUGAGCCUCGGCAGGCAGAGAUCCGGAAAGAGUGCCUUCGACUUUGGGGGAUCCCAGACCAGGCUCGAGUUGCUCCUUCUUCCUCAGACCCCAAAUCUAAGUUCUUUGAGCUAAUCCAGGGCACAGAGAUUGACAUCUUCAGCUAUAAGCCCACGCUGCUCACCUCCAAAACCCUGGAGAAGAUCCGCCCAGUGCUCGACUACCGCUGCAUGGUGUCUGGCAGCGAGCAGAAGUUCCUCAUUGGCCUGGGGAAGUCCCAGAUUUACACAUGGGAUGGCCGCCAGUCAGACCGCUGGGUCAAGCUGGACCUGAAGACAGAGCUACCCCGGGAUACUCUGCUGUCUGUGGAGAUCGUCCAUGAGCUGAAAGGGGAGGGUAAGGCCCAGCGGAAGAUUAGUGCCAUCCACAUCCUUGAUGUCCUCGUGCUGAAUGGCAGCGACGUGCGGGAGCAGCACUUCAACCAGCGAAUUCAGCUUGCUGAGAAAUUUGUGAAAGCGGUUUCCAAGCCCAGUCGGCCUGACAUGAAUCCCAUCAGGGUGAAGGAGGUGUACAGGCUGGAGGAGAUGGAGAAGAUUUUUGUCAGGUUAGAAAUGAAGAUCAUCAAGGGCUCCAGUGGCACUCCGAAGCUCAGCUACACAGGGCGGGAUGACCGGCACUUUGUGCCCACCGGCCUCUACAUCGUCAGGACAGUGAAUGAGCCAUGGACUAUGGGAUUCAGCAAAAGCUUCAAGAGGAAAUUCUUCUACAACAAGAAAACCAAGAUCUCUACCUUUGACCUCCCUGCAGACUCCAUUGCCCCCUUUCACAUCUGCUACUAUGGCAGGCUCUUCUGGGAGUGGGGGGAUGGCAUCCGUGUGCAUGACUCCCAGAAGCCCCAGGACCCAGACAAGCUGUCCAAGGAAGAUGUCCUGUCGUUCAUCCAGACACACAGCGCUUGAGGGCGUGGGGAUGCCCACCCCUGCCGAUUGACCUGUUGUUCUCUGAGUCAGGGCGCUCUUCAAGGAGAGGGACUGAGGAGCGCAGUCACUGCAGCCUGCCCAUAAGGGCUGGGUGGUCUCCUCUCCAUUCUCCCUGAAGAACUCAGUCAGGGGCCUUCAGAAGACUCUGUCCCAGAGGCAUUCCUUCUGGGACACCUUUUGAACUUCCCUCCCUGGAGACCUGCCUGCCAGGGCUCAGCCUGAGGAUGCUGCUCUGACGGCGGGUUGGAGGUCAGGGCCCAGGGAACGUGCAGCCGGUGGAGGACCUGUCAGAGAACAGCAGGGUGUUGGCUCUGCCAUUCUCUCCUGUAUCCUGUAGACUCACUUUUCUGAGUUUCUUGCACUGCCCUGAGGGCGGCCAUGCUUCUGCUCUGCCCAGCUUUUAAUUGGGCUGACCCCAAGUGGGUGUAGGCCAGGGGCAGCUGCUGUACAAAUCAAUGUUUUGUUUCUUUGAACUUGCUCUGUUUUGAUGCCAAGUUGGAGAAGAUUUGGUCUCCUCCCCUGACCCCUGUCCUGGUCUUCCCUGGAGUUCUCAGCCGGACCUCUGAUAGUCCCGCGGGCCGGGAAGGAAGGCUUAUGGGCCACACAUUCCUGACACUGCAUCACGACACAGGUAGUGUCUUGGCAGUGGGUGUGACUGCUUUCCUGGCCCCCACCCCCCUUUCAAUCUAAACCUUGGGCAGCUCUAGAGGAAGCAGCCUUGAAGACCUGCCAUUUUCAAUGCCCCAGAGCACUGGCCCCCUGGCAAAACGGGGUACCUCUGGGGUUGGGUUACACCUGGCCCUUUGGCAAUCAUGGCACCGCCAUUUGCCACAGCCACCUUGCUAACCCCUCCCUUCGUUUUUCUUGCCCAGUAGGAAGUACAGUCACUUUUGUUUGUCCUUUUGUGGUCACUCCAUUUCCUCUGUUUUGGCAGAGGGGAAGAGGGGAAGCUGGGUAGUAGCUCUGGGUGGGGGAGGGCACCUCUGGUUGUUUUUAAUGGGAAAUACCUCUCAGAGAUGCUCCUAUGGACUUCCUAGAGCAGCAUCCCAGUGCUGGGCUGUUUCCAUGGAGAUAAGGCACUGAGACUUCCCUGGAGGUUGGAACUAUACCUGGGGAAGGGGGGGGUCUCCAGCUAGCAUCCAGCCUUUCUCUCCCAGGUUGGUGGCAGCACUGCUGAGAAAGCUGUAUUUCCACCCAGUUCUGGGUAUAUCGGUGUGUCUUGAAGAAUCUUGGAUCAUUAAAGAUAAACAUAUUUUUAA